GGGCGCUGGCGGGAGCGGCGCCUCCCGCCCGGGGUGAGCGGCGCGCGCGGCAGCCCCGCGGCACAGAGCGCCGAGCUGGGAGCGCAGGCCGGCGGUGGAGGCGGCGAGGGAGGGCUAGAGCGCAGACGUCCGACGCGCGGCGCGGCUGCCAUGGGCGCGCAGUGACCGGCUGUUCAGCGCGAAUUUUCUCGGCAGCGCGGAGCUCCUUGACUGGCCGUGCGUCUCCUCGGUCACCAUGAAAGACGACUUUGCAGAAGAGGAGGAGGUGCAGUCCUUCGGUUACAAGAGGUUUGGUAUUCAGGAAGGAACGCAGUGUACCAAAUGUAAAAAUAACUGGGCACUGAAGUUUUCUAUCAUAUUAUUAUAUGUUUUGUGUGCCUUGCUAACAAUCACAGUAGCCAUUUUGGGAUACAAAGUUGUAGAAAAAAUGGACAACGUUACGGGUGGCAUGGAGACAUCUCGCCAGACCUAUGAUGACAAGCUUACAGCAGUGGAAAGCGACCUGAAAAAAUUAGGGGACCAAACUGGGAAGAAAGCUAUGAGCACCAACUCAGAACUCUCUACCUUCAGAUCAGACAUACUGGAUCUUCGUCAGCAGCUGCGUGAGAUCACAGAGAAAACCAGCAAGAACAAAGACACUCUGGAGAAGUUACAGGCAAGUGGGGAUGCCCUGGUGGACAGGCAGAGUCAACUGAAAGAAACUUUGGAGAAUAACUCUUUCCUCAUCACCACUGUGAACAAAACCCUCCAGGCGUAUAAUGGGUAUGUCACAAAUCUGCAGCAAGACACCAGUGUGCUGCAGGGCAACCUGCAGAGCCAAAUGUACUCUCAUAACGUGGUCGUUAUGAACCUCAACAACCUGAACCUGACCCAGGUGCAGCAGAGGAACCUCAUCACCAAUCUGCAGCGGUCUGUGGAUGACACGAGCCAGGCCAUCCAGCGAAUCAAGAAUGACUUCCAAAAUCUGCAGCAGGUUUUCCUUCAAGCCAAGAAGGACACUGAUUGGCUGAAGGAGAAAGUGCAGAACUUACAGACACUGGCUGCCAAUAACUCUGCUUUGGCCAAAGCUAACAACGACACCCUGGAGGAUAUGAACAGCCAGCUCAAUUCAUUCACGGGGCAGAUGGACAACAUCACUACAGCCUCCCAAGCCAAUGAGCAGAACCUGAAAGACCUGCAGGACGUACACAAGGACGCGGAGAACAGGACGGCCAUCAAGUUCAGCCAGCUGGAGGAACGCUUCCAGCUCUUUGAGACGGAUAUAGUGAACAUCAUUAGCAACAUCAGUUACACUGCCCACUACCUGCGGACGCUGACCAGCAAUCUGAAUGAAGUCAGGACCACGUGCACUGAUACACUGACCAAACACACAGAUGAUCUGACCUCCUUGAAUAACACACUGGCCAACAUCCGUUUGGAUUCUGUUUCUCUCAGGAUGCAGCAAGAUAUGAUGAGGUCCAGGUUAGACACUGAAGUAGCCAACUUAUCAGUGAUUAUGGAAGAAAUGAAGCUGGUAGACUCCAAGCAUGGUCAGCUCAUCAAGAACUUUACAAUACUACAAGGUCCUCCUGGCCCCAGGGGUCCAAAAGGUGACAGAGGACAGCAGGGACCCCCUGGUCCCACUGGCAACAAAGGACAGAAAGGAGAGAAGGGGGAGCCUGGUCCACCUGGCCCCGCCGGUGAGAGGGGCCCAAUUGGGCCCGCCGGCCCCCCUGGAGAACGUGGCGGCAAAGGCUCCAAGGGCCUGCAGGGCCCCAAAGGCUCCCGUGGAUCCCCCGGGAAGCCUGGCCCUCAGGGCCCCAGUGGGGACCCAGGCCCCCCUGGCCCAACCGGCAAGGAUGGACCCCCUGGCCCUCAGGGCCCUCCUGGCUUCCAGGGACUGCAGGGCACCGUGGGAGAGCCAGGGGUGCCUGGACCACGGGGGCUGCCAGGCUUGCCUGGGGUGCCUGGCAUGCCGGGCCCAAAGGGUCCCCCCGGCCCCCCGGGCCCAUCGGGGGCAGCGAUGCCCCUAGCCCUGCAGAACGAGCCAACCCCCACACCUGAGGCUAAUGGCUGCCCCCCUCACUGGAAGAACUUCACGGACAAAUGCUACUAUUUUUCGGUUGAGAAAGAAAUUUUUGAGGAUGCAAAACUCUUCUGCGAAGACAAGUCUUCACAUCUCGUUUUCAUAAACACAAGAGAGGAACAGCAAUGGAUAAAGAAGCAGAUAGUAGGGAGAGCGAGCCACUGGAUUGGCCUCACAGACUCAGAGCAUGAAAACGAAUGGAAGUGGCUGGAUGGGACAUCUCCAGAGUAUAAAAAUUGGAAAGCUGGACAGCCAGAUAACUGGGGUCAUGGCCACGGGCCGGGAGAAGACUGUGCUGGGCUGAUUUAUGCUGGGCAGUGGAAUGACUUCCAGUGUGAAGACAUCAAUAACUUCAUUUGUGAAAAGGACAGAGAGACAGUACUAUCAUCUGCAUUAUAAUGGACUAUGAUGUAAUAACAUGAGCAAACUUCUGGAUGGUUCUCAAAGGGAAAGGAUACUGCUUUCUGAUUGUAUCACCUUCUCUCCAGAUUGGGAAAAAAGCACUGAAGACCAGUUUCUGAAAAGAUUGACGGCUGGUUAUCUUUACCAUCCUCCUUUACUCAAGGACUUCAGAACCGAAAUGUUCCCCCAGUAUGAGAUAUUGAUUUUCAGUAUGCAAAUGGACUGAAUCACAUAGAUGUUUCUCAGCCAGUAACUGUAUAAUUAUGCAAAUCACAUCUUCCAAAGUAUGGAUUGCUCCAAUCAGAAAAAUGCUAUCAUUGGUUGUUGAGCUCUAAGAACUUAAACUGUAUUGUGUAAACAGUACCUUACAUUUCUAAAAUCCCAGACAUAAGAAAAAUAUGCAGACAUACAGAUAUAUAGGCCAACUCUUAGUGAUAAUAUGAAAUAUACUUAAAGAGCUUUUAAAACUUUGUAUUUUUGUACAAAAUAUUUGCCUUUUUACAAUUUUUUCCUUUUCUUCCUUUUUUUUU